AUGCAAGGCUGCUGCUCACAAGAGGAUGUUCUGGACUACCUUAAUCUGACCAGAAUCAAUGAGAAAUUUACAACCUGUCGUCCUGUGCUUGACUGGACACACCCAACAGUAGUGUACUUGGACGUCUACCUCUCUGCCAUCAUAUCUGGGAUUGAAAAGUCACAAAUCUUUGUUUCAUUUCUGUGGAUGUCAGUGACCUGGAGCAAUGAGCUAAUCUCUUGGAAUCCUGAGGAUUUCUGUGGGAUCACUGAAGUCUCUCUGCCGAGGGAGAUGCUUUGGAAUCCUGAUCUUUCUAUCUAUGAGUUAACAGAAAAGGAGAACGGUCCACCGAGUCCUUAUUUGUACAUUACUCAUGAUGGUGAAGUGAACAUGGAGGAGAACCUGAGACUCCACACUAUUUGCACGAUGGAUGUCCACAAGUUUCCCUUUGAUAUCCAAAGCUGCCAUAUCACCAUUCUCUCCAUCAUUCAUUCAAAUAGUGAAAUGAAGCUUAUUGCUGCCUCCAAUUCCUCAGAGGUGAUGCAGAAUUCCAGACAGUUUCUACUCAGUCAGGAUAAGAAGAGAAAGCAAGGCAGCAAUGGCUGUACCUCCUCUGGAGUGAACUCAUUCAGUGACUCUGUGAUGGAGCUGGGAGCAGCAGGAACGACGGCUGAUCUGCAUCUGCUGCAGCUGAUCCUGGAGCAGUUGCAGGCGCUCAGGCAGAAUGUACUUAAGGAUGCCCUUGCUCUGAAAACUCAGGGCAGGGAAGGCUACUGGAGCCAAGUGGCCAAACGCAUUAACGCAGCUUUCUUUGUUUUCUAUUUCUGCUCCAUCUUUCUGUUUCUCCUCCUCAUCAGUUUGGAAUGGCUAGGAUAGUCACUCAAAUGUAUCAUUCAAAGUUACAGCAUAGCUGUAUUAGUCCACAAUAACCUUUCAGGGACCAUAUGCAUUCUUUUACUCACCAGUAUUUGCUGCUAUCUCUUUACUGUGUAUUCUUAUUC